CUCCUCCUGGUAUUUUGGGGCGCGAGUUGUUUGGACCGUACCAAGUAUGUCGAAGAGAGGGGGUGUUGUGAAUUCUCCGCUGGUUUAUUUAGCGUUUGGACAGCUCCUAUGUGUGUGAGACCAUGCACCUGGGGUUCGAGGCCCCUCAACACCAUUAUUUUCGAGAUGCUCGCUCACACCCACCUUAAUUGUUAAGAAAGAAGCUAAAACAAUACAUUGAGACUAGAGCCGCGUAGGUAAAUCACUUGUAUUUUUCGGUGUUGAUACAAAUAGAUACGUCUUCGGCUGCAGCACGGACCGACAAGACGAGAGAAAACAGCAGCAUCCCGCCUGGAGUCGUUCUAUUGUUUCGGUUUCGGUCAAAUUUGGGGGUCUCCCAAUGAAGAUGUUUCAUGUGACCAAGUUGUUGUUGCCAGUCCUGUGUAGCAUCUUCAUCACCUGCAGAGCUGCGUCCUCAGUUUACCGAAAGUGUGAGGACAGUUUGGCCACACCUCUACCUUACAGCUCUUUCACCAGCUCAUCGGUUUAUGCUCGAGAUUAUGGGGCAGGUUAUGCCAAACUUAACCGUAAACAAGGUGCUGGUGGCUGGUCGCCUUCUGACUCGGACCGUUACCAGUGGUUACAGGUUGACUUGGGUGCCAGGAAGCAGCUUGUUGCCAUAGCAACCCAGGGUCGUUAUAGUAGCUCCGACUGGACCAGCAAGUAUCAACUACUUUAUAGUGACACACAGACAAACUGGAGACCUUAUCUUCAAGAUGGAAACAUCUGGACAUUUGAGGGGAAUGUGAACAGUGAAGGUGUGGUCCGUUAUCAACUGCAGCACGCCAUAUUGGCCCGUUAUGUCCGCUUUGUCCCAUUGGACAAGAGCAAAGCUGGACGCGUUGGAAUACGUCUCGAAGUGUAUGGCUGCUCAUACUGGGCUGAUGUGAUCGGAUUUGAUGGCCAUGGAAUCCUCUCCUACCGCUUCAGGAGUAAAAAGAUGAAAAUAGUGAAGGAUGUCAUUGCUCUUAAGUUUCGAACCACAGGUGGAGAUGGGGUACUGCUCCACGGGGAAGGACAGCAAGGGGACUAUGUUACUCUGGAGCUUCGGAGGGCGAGACUUCAGCUAAGCAUGAACCUCGGUAGUAACCAGUAUGGCUCUAUUCAGGGUCACACCUCUGUGACCAGUGGGAGCUUGCUUGAUGAUGACCACUGGCACUCAGUUAUUGUUGAGCGUUAUCGAAGGAAUGUCAACUUCACACUUGAUCAUCAUGUUCGUCACUUCAGGACCAAUGGAGAGUUUGCUCACCUAGAUCUUGAUUAUGAGAUUAGCUUUGGGGGGCUUCCUCUUGCAGCAAAGUCAAGCUUUGGAGGCCGAGGAAACUUUGUAGGCUGUAUGGAGGGGAUCACCUACAAUGGCGACAACAUCACACACUUGGUUCGCCGGGGGAAAGUGGACACAUCGAGCUUUCGCAAUUUAACAUUCUCCUGUGCUGAAUCCAACACCUUCCCUGUCUUCUUCAACUCCACAUCCUUCCUGCGCCUGCCUGGUCAGACAGACAGUGACACCCUGUCUGUCAGUCUGUCUUUCAGGACAUGGAACCCAAAUGGACUGCUGAUGUUCACAGCACUGGCUGACGGCUGGGUGGAGGUGGGACUGACAGAGGGCAAGAUUACUGUCUAUAUGAAUGUGACACUAAAGAAGAACACACAUAUUGAUAUUUCAUCAGGCUCCGGCUUGAAUGAUGGCCAGUGGCACAGCGUGCAUUUGAAUGCUCUGGAGAACUAUGCAAUGCUAACAAUAGAUGGAGACGAGGCGUCCACAGUCAGAACAGCUAUUCCAGUUCAGAUCAUGACGGGAGGAACAUACUACUUUGGUGGUUACUUCCAACAUUUAACCACUCACAACACACUUCAGCGCCCCUUCCAGGGCUGCAUGCAAUUGAUCCACAUAGAUGAUCAUCUAGUUGACCUCAAGGCUGUGGAACAAGGUCUCAUUGGAACCUUUGAAAAUGUCAGUCUGGACAUGUGUGCUAUCAUUGACAGGUGUGUUCCCAACCACUGUGAGCACGGUUCCCAUUGUUCUCAGACAUGGGAUACAUUUAGCUGUAACUGUAGUGGCACAGGAUACGACGGAGCUACCUGUCAUACUUCAAUGUUUCAGCAGUCCUGUGAGGACUAUAAGCACCAGGGUAAAAGCUCUGGGACUUAUUGGAUUGACCCUGAUGGCAGUGGGGCUAUAGAGCCUUUUAGAGUUAUGUGUGACAUGACAGAAGAAAAAGUUUGGACGACAGUGAAGAACAAUCUUUCACCGCAGACAUCAAUCAUGACUGCUAAUCCAGACGAAAAGGCAGUGUUGCAUCUUUCUUACAAUGUAACAGAUGAGCAGUUGCAAUCAAUCACUAGCAGUGCAGAAAAGUGUGAACAAUAUCUAGCCUAUGCCUGCCGAAUGUCUCGUCUACUCAACACUCCAGACAGUGAACCGUUUACCUGGUGGGUUGGACGGGCCAAUGAGAAACAUUCCUAUUGGGGAGGUUCAGGUCCAGGGAUACAGAAGUGCGCAUGUGGAAUUGAACACAACUGUACUAAUCCCAAACACGAUUGCAACUGUGACGCGGAUCAUCGCUCCUGGAGAGAGGAUGCAGGCCUGCUGGUGUAUAAGGACCAUUUGCCAGUCCGGGAGGUUGUGGUUGGAGAUACAGGCAGAGCUGGAUCUGAGGCCAAAUUGACAGUGGGGCCGCUCAGAUGUCAGGGGGACCGAAAAUACUGGAAUGCCGCAUCCUUCACCAGUCCAGCAUCCUCCCUUCAUUUCUCCUCCUUCAGAGGAGAAACCAGUACUGAUAUCUCCUUCUACUUUAAGACCUCCUCCAGUCAUGGAGUGUUUCUGCAAUAUUCAGGAACAUCUGACUUCCUUCACAUUGAACUAAAAGACGGCUCCUCUGUGUCUUUCUCCUUUGACGUGGGAAGUGAGAAAAUGGAGCUUAUUGUGCGCUCUCCGGUGCCCUUAAAUGAUGACCAGUGGCAUCGUGUGGAGGCUGAGAAGAACGUCAAGGAGGCUGUUCUGCAGCUUGAUGGAGACCACCGAGAUUUCAGGCUCACACCUCCGCAGGGACAUACGAAACUGGAGUUCUACAGCGACCUAUACCUUGGUGCUUCCGGAGGUCAGAGGGGUUUUCUGGGCUGCAUGCGGGCUCUGAAGAUAAAUGGAUUUACUUUUGACCUGGAGGAAAAGGCCAAGGUGACACCGGGGCUAAAUCCAGGUUGCCAGGGUCACUGCAACAGCUUUGGGAUGCACUGCAAGAACGGAGGGAAGUGUGUGGAGCAGUACAACAGAUACUCUUGUGACUGUUCGCUCACUGCAUUUGAUGGACCCUUCUGCACUGAAGAUGUGGGUGCCUACUUUGAAACGGGAACCCUUGUACGCUAUGACUUCUUGCCGGAGGCAGCUCCCUCUGUGGUUCAGGAGGGGAAAAGCUUCGCAGGCUUUGCCGUUCCUAUUGAGGCCAACUUGACACAUGAGGAGCUAAUUUUCAGCUUCAGUACUUCCAGCGCUCCAAGCAUCCUGGUCUAUAUCAGCUCCAGGACUCAGGACUACCUGGCUGUGGUGCUUAGGCAUAACGGCACGCUCCAGAUCCGUUACAGACUGGGAGGACUACCAGAACCUUUCACUAUAGAUAUUGACCAUCGUAACAUGGCCAACGGACAGCCUCACACUGUUAACAUAACCCGACACUCACGGAAGAUACGAUUACAGCUGGACCACUACCCAGUAUCCACUUACAUAUUGCCUGAGGCAUCAGAUACAGAAUUCAACUUGAUCAAAAGUCUGUUUCUGGGAAAAGUUUUUGAAACAGGACAAAUUGAUCCCAUCUUGAUUGAGCGCUACAACACGCCAGGAUUCGUGGGAUGCCUGUCAAGAGUUCAGCUGAACAGCUUGGCACCACUCAAAGCUGCCCUGCGCUCUAGCCAGUCUGCUCCCGUCAGCACCCAUGGGAUUCUGGUCCCGUCCAAUUGCGGAGCCUCCCCUCUGACCAUCUCCCCCCUGGCGGCAAACGACCCCUGGCACCUAGAAACCGCUGGAGCUGUUUUCCCUUUCAGUGAGGAAUCGGCCAGCAGUAAGGGCGUCAAUCGCAACUCUGCUUUCAUUGGAGGCAUCAUCGCCGUGGUCAUCUUCACAGUUUUGUGCAUCAUGGUGUUCGUCAUCCGCCACAUGUUCCGACACAAAGGCUCUUACCACACCAAUGAAGCCAAGGGUGCCGAGUCGGCAGACUGCGCCGAUGCGGCCAUCAUCGUCAAUGACCCCGCCUUCACUGAAACCAUCGAAGAGAGCAAAAAGGAGUGGUUUAUCUAAACUCUCCGUCAAACUUAAUGGACUCAAGGCUGUAGGUAGUUUUUAAGCAUAGUGAGAAAUAGUGGAACCUGGAGGACUUGUUUGAGGGCGUUUGUAUGAAAAGUUUAUGGACAUCAGCACAUCCUGUACACAUCACAAUGAAGGGGGGGAGGGGGUGCAAAGCCUUGGUCAAACACGUGUGUAAUUAGGAGGCAGUUCAUUUACUGUACUAAAUGCCAUGGCUGGACGUAAGAAUGAUGAGAUUUUUAUGGUUAAUAUCUUUAUUUAUUCAUAUUUAAGUUAUAUUUCAUAUUGUACUUUAUUCAGUGGUUUUCUUGAAAUAAGAGCAGUUAGGGAAAGUUGACAGCGGUAUCAAAAAUCAUGUACUGUAAGCUGCUGCUUUGUGCCAACUAAUAGUAUAGUAACACUGCACAUUCAUAGCAUUUUUUAAUUUGUCGUAUUCAUGCUUCUUUUAUAUUUAAGAGAGAUACCUUAGCACGCAUGUAUAAAGGAAAUGUGUCUCUUAUAUGAAUAAACUGCACUGAUUUUAUUUACCUUACUUUUAUGGCUGCAGAAAUCAGGUGCAGAUAUCACUCGAAUCCAACUCCUCACUUUUAGACUAAGCUCACAUUUAGUUCAGUUAGAAUGAAAACCAAAUUUGAAUGUUUUAAGGACAAAAAGUCAUUUAAUUGGUGUAGAACUCAUACACAGUGAUUAACAACUUGUCGUCAGCACUGAAUGGGGCCCUUUGUUGAAAUCUGUUUACUUUUGUGAAGGCUGGCAUUUCUGGUUGAGAAUGUUGCUUCAAUACAAAUGAUGGCUUACAUCCUGACAUUUGAUUGUAUCCCAUUUGUUUGCAUUACAAUGUAAUGGCAUGACAUUUUCUUCAUGUUCUAUGUGUAAAGCUUUGCCUGAUUGUUUCAUAGCAUAUUCUCUAUUGCCUCAGUGCAUUCUUUCAAAAUGCAUAUGGACACUGAAACAUUGAAACUUAUUUUGAGUUUAUGCAAUCUCGAAGAUGGGACGCUGGUUACAUUAGGGAACAGACACUGCAGGUUUUUUUGUUUUUUGUUUUUUUAGGUAAAUGGGCAUUUUUUGUUUAAAAUAUAUAAAUGAGCAAGGCCACUGUUCAAGUACAUGUAUUAAUUUCAUUUCAUUCCAGUAAGGAAAAGUCAUAGACUUCAUAACAUAUUGAUGGGACAUGGGGCGGGGGGCCGAUUCAUAGGGGGCCUAUCUCCGUCAAGGCUGACUGAGUGGAAACACAAAGAGCUUUUUACGUUGAAAAUUCUUGUAAAUAAAUACGUAAAUCCCUGAAUUCUUUUUAGAUUUGGACGUAAAACUGUCUCGAUUCUUGGUUAAAAGCAAAAAAAAAACCAGGCAGUUUGCAUUUAUUUUACGUAAAUACGUCGAAUGUACUGCUUGUCUUUAAGCCAUUGUGGCGCAGCCUUAUCACCACAAAGAGCUUAUGACGUUGAAAAUUCUUGUGAAUAAAUGCGUAAAUCCCUGAAUUCUUUAUAGCUAUGGACGUAAAACAUUCUGGAUUCAUGCUUAAAAGCAAAAAAAAAAAAAAAAAACGGGCAUUUAGCAUUUAUUUUACGUAAGUAUGUCGAAUGUGCUGCUAGUCUAAUCGCCUAAUCACUACAAAGAGCUUUUUACGUUGAAAAUUCU